AUGUUUUAUCUGGAUAAUCUCAUAAAGAGACUUGGCGAAUUAUGUCAAGAAAUUGUGUCCGAGUAUGAGCAAGAACAAAACCAAGACGGAAGCUAUGACGUCUGUAAAAAUUUAAGUCUUGUAGAAUUGUGUCAAGAAAUUGUAAGACAUGCAGAAAUGUGUCAAGAUUCUAACGACGGGGUGCCCAAGGAAAACUUCUCAAGCAUGCUUUAUGAUAAUGAAGUUCCAUUAAAUUUAUUAUGUGACGUAUCAGGUUUUACACCGAUCUUACAAUCAGCAUUUACUGCUAAUCAGCUAAAUGAUUCUCCCACCACCUCUACCGAUAUAGCAUUAUCUGAUAACAUGUUUAAUUCAAGUUAUUUGGAAUUUGAAGAAAACCAAUUUGCGCCAAUCAUGCGUGGGCAAAAAACGAAUUCUUUACGUUUUAUUCCUUAUGAUGUUAAUCCUGCUAACAGAAGCGAUCGCAAAGCUUCUAAAAUAAUCGGUGAAAUGUGGUCUAAUGAAUUAUCAGAAGAAUGUUUAAAUUUUGAAAAUAAAGCUAAAGAACUAAAACAUGAACAUACUAUAAAAUAUCCACAACAAAAACCUAAAGGAAAAUAG